UUGGCUGUGAGGGUUGAAUGUAAGAUGGCGCCCAGGGAGCUGUGAGGGGAAAAUCCUGUCGGUCUUGGAGCGACGACGGCAGAACCGGGCCCCCGAGCGGUGCGGCGGGGCCGGCGGGUAGAACGGCGGCGGCGGCGGCGGCGGCGACGUCGCCGGGAACCCUAAGGACUCUGCAAUAUGAAUAAUUCUCUGGAGAACACCAUCUCCUUUGAAGAGUACAUCCGAGUGAAGGCGCGGUCUGUCCCGCAACACAGGAUGAAGGAAUUUCUGGACUCGCUAGCCUCUAAGGGGCCAGAAGCCCUUCAGGAGUUCCAGCAGACGGCCACCACUACCAUGGUGUACCAACAGGGUGGGAACUGCAUUUACACAGACAGCACCGAAGUGGCCGGGUCUUUGCUUGAACUUGCCUGUCCAGUCACCACCAGUGUUCAGCCACAAACCCAGCAAGAACAGCAGAUCCAGGUUCAACAGCCACAGCAGGUUCAGGUACAGGUGCAGGUACAGCAGUCUCCGCAGCAGGUCUCGGCUCAGCAGCUCUCCCCGCAGCUCACCGUUCACCAGCCUACUGAGCAGCCCAUCCAUGUCCAGGUGCAGAUCCAAGGCCAAGCAGCACAGCCGACAGCCCCCUCCAUCCAGACCCCAUCUCUGCAGAGCCCCAGCCCUUCGCAGCUGCAGGCGGCCCAGAUCCAGGUGCAGCACAUGCAGGCGGCCCAGCAGAUCCAGGCUGCAGAGAUCCCAGAGGAGCACAUCCCACAUCAACAGAUCCAGGCUCAGCUGGUGGCUGGCCAGUCUCUUGCUGGGGGUCAGCAGAUCCAAAUCCAGACUGUGGGUGCCCUUUCCCCACCACCGUCCCAGCAGGGCUCACCUCGGGAAGGGGAGCGGCGGGUUGGCACGGCCAGUGUCCUCCAGCCAGUGAAGAAGCGCAAAGUGGACAUGCCCAUCACUGUGUCCUACGCCAUCUCAGGGCAGCCGGUGGCCACCGUGCUGGCCAUUCCACAGGGCCAGCAGCAGAGUUAUGUGUCUUUGAGGCCUGACUUACUAACAGUAGACAGUGCCCACCUGUACAGUGCCACUGGGACCAUUACUAGCCCUACAGGAGAAACCUGGACCAUACCUGUUUACUCUGCCCAGCCCCGGGGGGACCCUCAGCAGCAGAGCAUUACUCACAUUGCCAUUCCCCAGGAAGCCUACAACGCAGUUCACGUCAGUGGCUCACCCACAGCCCUGGCAGCUGUAAAGCUGGAGGAUGACAAGGAGAAGAUGGUGGGCACCACGUCUGUAGUGAAAAACUCCCAUGAAGAGGUAGUGCAGACCCUUGCAAACUCUCUUUUUCCAGCACAGUUCAUGAAUGGCAACAUCCACAUUCCAGUGGCUGUGCAGGCCGUGGCAGGCACAUACCAGAAUACAGCUCAGACUGUCCAUAUAUGGGACCCUCAGCAGCAGCCACAACAACAAACCCCCCAGGAACAGACGCCACCGCCACCACAGCAGCAGCAGCAGCAGCAGCUCCAGGUUACUUGUUCAGUAAGUGAGACUUAUCUGUAG